AUGCCAUUGAUUUUUCCAGAUAAUCUAAGUUUAACUUCUUAUAAAAAUUUAAUACAAAAACUGUUAGAAAUUAGAGAUUUUCAAGGAACAUGCGCCGAUCAGUCAGUUCUUUGCGAACAGUUAUGUAUUGCAACAGCCACAUUUACUUACGAAUGUGCAUGUUGGGAUAAUCAUGUGUUAAUAGAAGAUGGUAUCAGCUGCAUAGUAAAUACAUCGAAUGCUGAAUUUCAUUUCAUGGAUGAUAUGAAAUUUCGAGGAAAUCCACAAGAAAGCCGCGAAAAAAUACCGAUUAAUAAAUCCACGGAAAUAAGGAUGAAGAGCGGUAUUCCGAAAGUAGGUUUGUUACCUGGGGACAUCGAAAAAGUAAAAAGUUCUAAAAAUCGAGCAUUACGAUUCGAUGGAAAUUCGUUCGUUCAAUUUCCUACAGUUGAAAGUGCUUAUUUGGAAACAAACAUCACCAUUGUAUUCAAGUUCAAUGUAGAAAGCGAUGGCGUAAUCCUUUAUGCCGGACAAAAUGAUGGAUUGGAUUUCAUUUCGCUUGCAUUCGUUGGCCAAGAUGUCAUUUUAAGAUUUAACUGUGGCGAAGGAACAGUUGAUGAUCUAUAUAGCGUUUCAUUCGAAGUAGACCAAUGGCAUACUCUCGUUGUACGAAGAAAAUUUUGUUCAAAAAGUGAAGUAAAAGUUGACAAAAAAAGUACAAUGGUAGAUGAAAUACGCGAAUUUACUAAUUUCAAAGGCAUUACAAUCGAUGAUGGAAUAUUUGUUGGCGGAAUUCCGUUAUCGAUGCCACAUUUUUCUGAACGAGUAACAAUAACUAAAGGUUUUGCCGGAUGUAUUCGAAGAAUUCUCAUUAAUAAUGAAACUCUUUUUGACGCCGAUAAGAAUAUUAAUUUAGCAAAAGGAAAAACUGGUAUUCAUUUGCAUUUUAGAAAUGAUAGUGAAGUGAUUACUAUAAGAAGGAGAACUAUGGAUGCUGGAUUACGAGAAAAUUUUAUUUCAGAAUAUUGUGAAGAAAAUAUCACUAAUUCUGCUGCCAGUUUAUCUAAUGAAGUAUUACGAAUAAAUGUUAAUCAACAAAUAAAAUUGCCUUUUGUGAAGAUUCCUGAAUUCAGUCAAAAUUCCUCAAUAAAAUUGUUGGCACCAAAUGAUAUCGAAUUAUACUCUGAGCUCAAAUUUCAUUUAAAAAUUGACGAACCUAAUGGUCUUAUCUACUUCUGUGGCUCGAAAACACAUUAUUUGGCUAUCUACGUGAAGGAUAUGUUCCUGAAUGUACAGUUCUCGCGAGGGGCUGAUUAUUUCAUUCAACGAUCGGAGCAUAAAUUAUCAUCUAACUCUUGGCACCUUGUUGAACUUUGGCGUAGUGGGUUAUCGGCUUUACUCAAGGGUACUGAAGAAGCUGAAGAUAUGAUGAACAUUAAUGAAUGCGGGUGGAAGCCAUGCGCUGAUGCAAAAUGUCAGGCCAAAGCCACAUGUCUGAAUAGGCAUACUUCUCCGGUAUGCUUAUGUCCUUUCCCAUCAUUCGGUGAUUACUGCGAAAAUGAACAUCAGAAUUCAAUUUCACAAAUGCGCUUUUCUAAAUUUUCGCAUUUGCAUUUCAGUGAUUUCGAAAUUAUGAGAAGAAUAACAGGUGAAUAUUUGAAUUUAAGUGUCACAGUCAAACCAAAUGAUUACAUUUCGAAAACUCAGAAUCAGAUCAUUGCUAGUGCAGCAAAUAACGACAAUCUUGGAGAUUACUUUCAUUUGAUGUUAACUGAAAUGAAUGAAGUUUUAUUCACAAUUGACCUUGGUUCUGGGGCUUUAUCAUUAACGCAUCCAAUUCCACUCGAUAACAAGUCAUGGCAUAAUAUUACGGUUUACAGAAAGAGAAGAAAUGUCUAUUUAACAGUUAAUACAACUACGAUAACAUCCGCCGUGCAAGGAUCAUCAAUAGAACUUAAUGUUUACGACUCUCUGUUCAUUGGCGGAAAAAACAUAGAGGAUGAAAAUAUGUCCGGCUUUAACGGUUGUAUACGAGAUAUCAUGAUUAAUUCGGAACGAAUAGAUUUUUCUCGAAAUUCAACAAAAGCAAUAAACAUAUCGGAAUGUUUACCAUAA